AUGGACAUUCUCCGUCUAACAGCGCAAUACACUGCUAUAAAUGGCCGUAAAGUGGGUCUCUUUUCUUAUUCUCUAAUCUUCCAGUUUUUAGACGGAAUCCAAAACUAUCAAAGCUUGAAUCCGCAAUUCGGCUUCCUCAAGCCGACGCACAUUCUGCACGGUAUUUUCCUUGCCUACAUCGACCAAUACACAAAAAUCAUCCACUUCGACGCGUCCAUCAAGGACCCUCUCCUCAACAUCUACAAGCAUCGCGAAGCAGCGCUGCGCACAUCCGUCCACCGCAUGGAGUUCCGUCGCCAGCAAGAAGAGGAAGAACGCAAGCAGAAGCAGGCCACCGAGGAGACGCUGGCCGCCCAGGAGAUCGACUGGGGCGAUUUUGUGGUGGUCCAGACCAUCACCCUCGACGACGAUUCUCCCGCCAAGCCACACGCCGCCCCGCUCUCCACCGCCCCCGAACAGAUGGAAGUCGACAUGGAGCCAGCCGACGACGAAACGCCCGCCCCGAACCCUCCGCAGCCCCCCGCGGUUCCUGCGGCUCCCGCGGCUCCCGCGGCUCCCGCGGACGUUUCGUCGUCGGGUCUGAAGGUGGUGGAGCACUUCGAGCCGCAGCUGAAGGGCGCGUCGAGCUCGGGCCCGAAGGUGAUGUUCGACGCGCGUACGCAGCGGUACGUUCCCACGGAGCAGGUCAACGAGCACGUGCGCAUCGAGCAGAUGGACCCCGCCUGGAAGAAGCAGCAGGACGUGCGGCGCGCGCGCGAGGCCUCCACCAACCUCGUCGACGGCCAGCAGAUGAGCGAGGCCAUCCACCGCAUGCGCGCGCAGCGCGAGGCCGACUUCGCGCUCAAGCGUCCGGGGCCCGCCGCCGUCCCCGCCGCCGUCCGCGCGCUCGACGACGCCGCCAUCGACCAGCAGCUCAAGCGCCAGCACCUCAAGGCGCUCGACGCCCAGCCCGGCGCGUCCCAGACCACCGCCGACGCCGCCGCCGCCGCGCAGCCCGCGCUGGCCGCUGGACCCGCCGCCCCCGCGCCGCGACCGCUCUUCCCGGGCAUGGACGCGCCCAGCGCCGACCCGGCAAAGCCCAGUCCGCAGCCACCCAGUCCCGCGGUUUCCACGGUUUCCACGGUUUCCACGAAUCCGAUGCCGACGAUGCCGGCGAUGCCGGCGAUGCCGCGACCUCCGCUGAACUCGGCAAUGCCCAGUGUGCCUUCGGCAAUGCCCAGACCGCCCAUGCCUGGAGCCAUGCCUGGAGCCAUGCCUGGAGCCAUGCCGGCGAUGAUGCCACGACCGCCGAUGCCCUCGGCAAUGCCGGGUCUGCCCUCGGCAAUGCCGAGCCUGCCGGGCAUGAUGCCUGGAAUGAUGCCGGGCAUGAUGCCGAUGCCGGGCGCCAUGCCGGCGAUGGGAGGUAGUCCCGCGGGGAAUGGUUGA